AGCUGCGGUCACUUAUCACAAAGAGGGGAGUCAAAUGCAGUGCUUGCGGACGAAGUUGAAUUACACCAAGCAGUAAAAGCUCAUGAUGAUUGUCUUCAGCUGCAGCGCUGCAUUGAUGUAGUGAAUAGAUGGUCUAAUAAAUGGGCCCUGCCGCAGUUCCCCAAUGUGAUUGAAGGCACUCCUAUCAGGAAAGUGGAGCACCAGAGGGAUUUAGGCUUCAUAGUGACCAAGAAUCUCAGCUCUGACGCGCACGGUGAGCUUACUGCUAGUAAAGCCAACUCGGUGGUGUAUAGAUUGUUCAAGAAUUCCUUUACAAGGAAGUUGAUAAUAAGAAUGUUAGGCUUUCUCUAUGAAGGUAUACCCUCUAGCAUGGAAAGGAAUAGAAAUUUCAAGCUGCACCCUCUGGCCUUCAGGAGAAGAACUGACUUGGUUCUUUUUCACAAGAUCCUUCAAGGCAAAUGUGGUCUUGAUGCGAACAAGUUCUGUGGAUUGCGGCCAUCGGUUUUCAAGGACAUGGUCGAGCGUUACUUGGUUCCGUAG